AUGGCGGCCGACGUUGCAGCUCCGGCUGGGAGCGAGGCAGCUCGAUGGAAGUACAUUGAGACAAUCCGCAAAGUCGCGGGGCCGUAUACCGAUCCCAAUGCCGCUUCAGAACAAAACAUGCAGAUGUUUAGCACCUUCAAAGUCCUAGUCAUUGGUGCCGGCGGCCUAGGAUGUGAAAUCUUAAAGAACCUCGCCAUGUCCCAAUUCAAGGACAUUCAUGUUAUAGAUAUGGACACAAUCGACAUCUCCAACCUCAACAGACAGUUUCUCUUCCGCCAGUCCGACGUGGGCAAGUACAAGGCUGAGGUAGCCGCGCGCUUCGUCGAGCAGCGCGUCAAGGGCGUGCGCAUCACCGCCCACAACGCCCGCAUCCAGGACUUUGACGCCAGCUUCUACCAGCAGUUCCAGCUCGUCGUCUGCGGGCUCGACAGCAUCGAGGCGCGCCGCUGGAUCAACGCCACGCUCGUGUCCAUUGCCGAGGAGGCCGGCGACGCCGACGGCAUCAAGCCCCUCGUCGACGGCGGCACAGAGGGCUUCAAGGGCCAGGCCCGCGUCGUCCUGCCCACCAUCACCUCGUGCGUCGAGUGCCAGCUCGACAUGCACGCCCCGCGCGCUGCCGUCCCGCUCUGCACCAUUGCCUCGAUACCGCGCCAGCCCGAGCACUGCGUCGAGUGGGCGCACGUCAUCGCUUGGGACCAGGACAAGCCCUUUCCCCAGCUCGACAAGGACGACCCGGCCCACGUCACAUGGCUCUACGAAAAGGCGCUCGCCCGCGCGCGCGAGUUUGGCAUCGCCGGCGUCACGUACGCCCUCACCCAGGGCACCAUCAAGAACAUCAUCCCCGCCAUCGCCUCCACCAACGCCAUCGUCGCCGCCGCCUGCUGCAACGAGGCCUUCAAGAUUGCCACCGCGUCGGCGCCCUGCCUCGGCUUCGAGAGCAACUACAUGAUGUACUCGGGCGACGACGGCAUCUACACCUACACCUUCAAGCACGAGAAAAAGGACGACUGUCCCGUCUGCGGCAACGAGGCCCGGCCCCUCUACGUCGACCCCCGCCUCCCGCUGCAGGACCUGCUCGACUCGCUCGCCGUCCGGCCCGAGGCCCAGCUCAAGCGGCCCUCGAUCCGGGCCGAGGGGAAGACGCUGUACAUGCAAUUUCCCCAGAGCCUUGAGAGGCAGACGCGGCCAAACCUGGAAAAGACGAUUGCGGAGCUGGGGCUGGAAAAUGGCCAGCAGGUCGUCGUCACGGACCCCGCGUAUCCGCUGGAAUUCAACUAUUUCCUCAAGUUUACGGCAUAG